UGUCAGGUGUAUGCAGGAACCUUUCAGGGUUGUCAGAAUGGAGCAACCUGUGUCAACACUCCUGGAUCAUUCACUUGUACCUGUUCUCCAGAAUGGUCUGGGAGUCUCUGUACUGUGCGUUAUGAUGACUGCAGAAAUGCAGGACGGGACUUGUGUGUUCAUGGCACAUGUAUUGAUGCAGACCGGGUUGUAACUGGACAGCCUAAAUACCAGUGCAUCUGUGAGAGUGGCUGGGAGGCUCCAGCUGGGAACCCAGCCUGUGUAGCUGAUGUUAAUGAGUGUGACCUGCCCGUCAAGCCUUGUUCCACCAACCCUGCUGUUACCUGCUACAACACUCAGGGUUCCUUCUACUGUGGAGCCUGUCCUGCUGGCUGGCAAGGCAACGGUUACAGCUGUCAGGAUGUGGAUGAAUGUUUGACCAACAAUGGUGGCUGCUCCACCACUCCGAUGGUGCAAUGCCUGAACACCAUGGGUUCCUUCCACUGUGGUUCCUGCCCUCCAGGUUAUGAAGGGGAUGGGAGAACAUGCACUCAGACCAACAUCUGCGCUGUCAAUAAUGGAGGCUGUUACCCAACAGCUACUUGCUCCUCAAACCCAGGCUCAAGCUUCCCUGUAUGUACCUGUCCACCAGGCUACAUAGGCAAUGGUUAUGGGCCAACAGGUUGUACCCAGACCAGCAACAUAUGUCAGAGCAACAACCCUUGUGUCAAUGGACAGUGUGUGGCCACCACCUCAGCUCCUGGCUACAUCUGCAAUUGCAAUUCUGGCUGGCAAGGAGUAAACUGUGACCAGAACAUCAAUGAAUGCUCAAGCAAUCCCUGUCAAAAUGGAGGAACCUGCACAGACGGCAUCAAUGGAUUCACGUGUACUUGCACUGCCGAGUGGACCGGCCCACUCUGCCAGACCGCACAGCAAGAGUGUGGAGGUUACCUCACUGGCCCUGCAGGUUCCUUCAGUUAUCCCAACAUUCCCGGUCAUGAGGAGUACGAUCACCAGGUCUCUUGUGCGUGGGUGAUCCGCGUUGAUCCAAACAAGAUUUUGCGUAUUACGUUUCCUUUCUUUCAUCUGGAGAACAGCGCCAACUGCAACUAUGACUUCCUUCAGAUUCAUGAUGGGGACAGCGCUUCCGCUUACAUGAUCGGAAAAUACUGUGGCCAAAAUAACCCGCCGGAGCUCUACAGCUCCCACAAUUCCUUAUAUUUCUGGUUUCGCUCUGACCACUCUGUCAACAGUGAUGGCUUCACAGUUGUUUGGCAGUCUCAGGACCCAGUCUGUGGAGAUGAACUAACCGCUCCCUAUGGCAACAUUAACUCACCUGGAUAUCCUGGAAACUACCCACCUAACCGGGACUGCUAUUGGAGAGUAAUGGUGGAGCCCGGCUUGCUCAUUACCUUUGCAUUUGGGACUCUCAGUCUGGAGCAUCACUCUGACUGCAACUUUGACUUCCUAGAGAUCCGAGAUGGUCUCUUACCUGAAGACCCAGUUCUGGGGAAAUACUGCAGUACUGCAUCACCUCCACCCCUGCGGACUACCGGUCCAAAUGCAUGGAUCCACUUCCACUCUGACUACAGUGUCUCUGACCGAGGAUUCCAUAUUACAUACACAACAUCACCAAGUGACCCUGGUUGUGGUGGUACCUUCACUGACAGCGAGGGCAUCAUCAUCUCUCCCAACUGGCCCAAUGACUAUGCGCACAACCGCCAGUGCAUCUAUUUGAUCAGGUUGCCAGCUGGUGAGAGGGUGGCCCUUAACUUCACUCACAUGAACCUGGAGAGUCACAGCAACUGCCUUUUUGACUAUGUGGAGGUUCGUGAUGGCAGGACGGAGACUGACCCUCUGAUAGGGAAAUACUGUGGGAGCACCCUGCCGGCUCCCAUGACCUCAUCAUCCAACUUCCUGUGGAUUCGCUUCAGGUCUGACAGCUCAGUCAGCCGGGCUGGUUCAGGGCUGUUUAUUCUGUUGCUUGUGGAGGUACUUUGUCUGGGACUGGACAGUUACGCUCUCCGUACCACCCCAACGCCUAUCCCCACAACAAGGUCUGCGAAUGGGUCAUUAACCAGCCACAGGGCUACGUGGUUACCCUUAACUUCCUGUCAUUUGAUGUUGAGGGAGGCUCCUGUCGUUUUGACUUUGUUGAGGUCAGGGAUGGCUCCUUGUCUAGCUCUCCUCUGCUGGGGAAAUUUUGUGGUAUACAGAUUCCCCCCAGGCUCCAGUCCACUCAGAGAUCUAUGUACAUUAAAUUCAAGACUGACUCCUCCGUCAGCAACCAUGGCUUUGAAGCAGCCUAUAGCUCCGCCUUGGAAGGUUGUGGUGAUACCCUGACCAGUCCUUCAGGCACCAUUACGAGCCCUGGCCACCCCACAAACUACCCCCAUGGUGCCAACUGUACCUGGUACAUCAGUGUUACACCAGGCAACCUGAUUAGGCUGUCAUUUGAGUCCUUCAACUUGGAGUAUCACUUAAACUGUAACUAUGAUUACGUGGAGGUCUAUGACAAUGGCACGGUGCAGACUGGAACCAAGAUUGGCAGGUACUGUGGGCGUUCAGUGCCUCCAUCCAUUACCAGCACUGACAACCUGAUGACCCUGCUGUUUGUGUCUGACGCAAGUUUAGCCACUGAGGGAUUCUCUGCCAGCUACAUCUCCAUCAAUGCUACCACAGGUACAC